AUGUACGGAUCUUUAGCAAGUAUAUCAGAUUAUAAAGAUAUUCUUUCAAAGGUAAAUGAAUCUGAAUUUAAUAUACUUGAAACCAACAACAAAUCUAACCAAGAUUCUUCCGUUGGUAGUAGUUUGAUUCCUAUUGAUCUUCUGGAUUUAAGAUCGAAAGCAUUCCCACCAAUUGCUCCGAAUUUUGUUGUUGAGUUGCGUUUACCAGACA